CCGCAGGCACCUCUGCCGGCCUUGCCACCACCGCGAGAAGGCCAAGGACCUGGGCAAGUACAUCUGCCAGCGGUGCCACCUGGUCAUUGACGAGCCGCCUCUCAUGUUCAGGAGCGACGCCUACCACCCGGACCACUUCAGCUGCACCCACUGUGGGAAGGAGCUGACCGCCGAGGCUCGCGAGCUGAAGGGUGAGCUCUACUGCCUGCCCUGCCAUGACAAGAUGGGCGUCCCCAUCUGCGGGGCCUGCCGCCGGCCCAUUGAGGGCCGCGUGGUCAACGCGCUGGGCAAGCAAUGGCACGUGGAGCACUUUGUCUGCGCCAAGUGUGAGAAGCCAUUCCUGGGGCAUCGGCACUACGAGAAGAAGGGCCUAGCCUAUUGUGAGACCCACUACAACCAGCUUUUUGGGGACGUCUGCUACAACUGCAGUCACGUGAUCGAGGGCGAUGUGGUGUCGGCCCUCAACAAGGCCUGGUGUGUGAGCUGCUUCUCCUGCUCCACCUGCAACAGCAAGCUCACCUUGAAGAACAAAUUUGUGGAGUUCGAUAUGAAGCCCGUGUGUAAGAAAUGCUACGAGAAGUUCCCGCUGGAGCUCAAGAAGCGGCUGAAGAAGCUGUCGGAGCUGACCUCCCGCAAGGCCCAGCCCAAGGCUGUGGACCUCAACUCCGCCUGAGAGCCUCACCCGCCCGCGUGGCAGCCGCUUUCUUCCCGUUCUGGACCUCCUCCCUGCCGACCGCUGCUGCCGCUCUCCUUCCCUCUCCCCUCCUACUCUGGUGCCUCGUCUCUGUCUUCCCUGUGGCUGCUCUUUUCCUUCUGUGCAGAGGCGGGGGUCCCAGGUAGGGGGGCCUGUGAUGGGCCUGGGUCCAGCCAGCAGCCGUGUCCGCCUGUACCCAGGACCCGAGGGACGGGAGCAAACUGGGGCCUGGAGUUGCGGCAGCUCCCAGCCUGGCCUGUCCUGCCUGGUCCCUCCUUGCAGAAGGCCAGAUGUCACAUACUGUCCCGUGGGAGCCUCCACCCCAGCACGGCCCCACUGUGGGCACUUGGGGUACCGACGCCCAGGGUAACCCGGCUGAGCCCCAGGGCUAGGGCAUCCGGCAGAGUCCCCUGGGGCGUCACCUCAAUCCCUCACCACUCACUCAACCAAGUCGUGGCCCUGUGCCCCGACUGAGCAGUAAGCCUUGCCACGUCCACCCGUGAGCCACCUGGAGGGACAAGACCCCGCUUCCAUGCCUGAGGAGGCCUUCCUGAAAUCUUGUCUUGGCUGUCCUCCUUGAACAGAGGCUGCUGUGGUUCCCCUCCUUCACCCCGGGGACUUUGUUGGACCUUUGGUGUGGCCUCAGGGGGUAGUGGGGUCGGGGUGGCACAUUCCCACCUCCAGGGCGAACACUUCCUCUGCAGUCAGCACAGACCUGGUCUGGUUUCACGCUUGCUCAACGAAGGCUUGUUCACAUGA